AUGGCCGACGCCGAGCUGCGGGUAAGCUCGGCCAAGUUAGAGGGUUUACUACCGUUUCCGACAUGGAAUGGCACGCUAGCUGCACCACAAGCAAACUUAUGUGGACUUUGUAGUGUCUUAAGUGCGAAUGGAGAGCUGGUUGUGUUCCAGAUUGGAUCAAAUGACGACCAAAAUGUGUCUGACAGCUGGCUUCGCGUACUUAAGGUGCUGCCGCCUGUGGUGGAGAAGUCAUUAAGCUUUUGCCAGUGUUGGACAAGUAAAGGAGAAGUGGUUGCCACAGCACACGAACGAAGUGUAGUGCUAUACAGCAGUGAUCAUUUUAAAGUGCUCGUGAAAUUAUCUUUGCGAUAUUCUGUGACUUCUAUGGAUGUCAUGAAGAGAUUUCAAACGGAGUGUGAAUUCUUGUUAGUAGUGGGUACUGCGUUUGGUUGUUUAUUAUACAAAGUGCUGGUUGGACCAGAAGACAGCCGUGAACAUGCUACAGCUGCACAGACUCUGAUUUCGACAGUGUACGACGGAAUUCCUGUUUGCAUUGUUAAGUUUUCGAGCGAUGGUCACAUGGUGGCCAUUGGGACCGUAGAUGGAAGAUUACGCUUACAAUAUUUGGACUCUCAUGAAGACUCAGAGCUUGCAAAAUUUGGAACAAUGGUUUUGUCAAAAGUACUCAUGGCUCCACGGAUCACGAGCCUUAGCUUCUCUGACUGCAACAAAAAGCUAGUGGUUGCAACAAGGAAAGGCAAUGUGUACGUAUUUGUUUCUUCAGCGGGUAUUUUGGAGUGGACGAUGCUGCCAAGCUGCAAAAGCCUUAGUAGGAAUCCCAAGCAAGGAGCUAUUACAACCGCUGGUACAAAUAAGGCAGCAACUGCGGCACAAACGCUUGUCGCUUGUUGGGGAUCUUUGUUCGUAGUGUGCUCUCGUGGUGUUGCAUCGCGAUUGGAAAUAUACGAAUUUGAGUCAGGGAACCUAUUACGCUCAUUGCAGCUUAAAUCAGCGCUUGUUACUGCGGAGUGGGUUAAUUAUCAGCUUAUAACGGGUGUUUGCACAACGCAGCUUUCAUCAUUUAGCCAAUAUACAUCCAGACUAUUAUGCCACGACACUAGCGCCAAUUUGACCGUAAUAGAGUGGCCAUUUCUUGAUCUGAUGAAUAGAAGAUAG